CCAGUGCAGAUAAGCCCUAAUUGUUAUGCAACUCCUUAGCAUAAGCUCCUGGCAUGGCUCAUAUGAUUCUCUUUUGCUAAGACUGUCCAAAAUAGCAACAAGAAAGCAUGUAACUAAAGACACAGCAGGGGUGUAGGAAUUCACACAGGCCUUGGACAUUCUAAAGAUUGAACAGCUCCUUAUUCCUCAUUCCAAAAAUGCUAAGCAUAAUGUAUUUUCUCCGGAGCUUCUUCAAGCCCCCAGAGCCAGUAGAAAAUUGCACGAGUGAAGGGGCGCCUGAUGAAGACCAGACUUCUUUGGUCCCUAGCACUUUAGAGUUGGAGAUACGUGGAUCAGGCCAGGAAACAGAUGAAGACUAUUUUGAAACCCAGUCACAUCAGAGUGAAUCAUUAUCAGACAUAAAGACGGAGCCUUAUGAAAGUGUAUCAGACUCAGAGUCCAUUGCUAGUGACCUCACCAGAGAACCAAGCCUGAGUUCACAUUGCUUUUCUUCAGAAAUGGAAGAACCAUGGCUUAAUUUUUUUGAACCUAAAGUCCUUUCCAGGCCGCUGUGCACAAGAUCACUGGAAUAUAUGCAAAAGGAAGCAGUGGAAUUACAUACAGUUCUACAAGGAUCACAUAACAAAGGUGAAUUGGAGAUGCGUACAGAAGUAUUACGAACAGAAGAGGCCAAUGGGAAGGAGAGAAUGUUAACUUAUAACGUGCCCUACAUUGGGUUAGAGACCACUAAAGAAGACUCUGUAUUAAAGACUGAGGCUACACUGGUAGCAGAGACAAGAUAUGUAGGUAAACAGAUGUCAUUACAAGUCAGCUCAAAACAUUUGGCUGAAGAUGGUGUAGCCAGAAAUAACACAGGGAUCGCAGUGAAAGAGCUUGCUUCUGUUAGAUCAAACUCUGAAAGCUCCCUGACUUUUCUUGAGACUCAGUGCACACCUGUUCACACAGAAACUGUUUCGAGGUUAAGUUUGCCUAAUGUUUACUUAGAAACAGACAGAACAUGGAAAAGAAACUGUGAGGCAUUCGGUGUCAGUUACAAAGAUUACACACCUAGCAGCCAAUGUAGCAGGAAAAGUAUCGUGGACACUAAGCAAACCACUGUUCCGCACUUGUGUGGCAGAAAUCUGAAGACAACAGGUUUACCAGGUUUAAAAUCUAAAUUUCACGUGCCACUCCAGAGGCCACGGAACCUAGAAGUUAAAUCAUGGCACAGCACUCCUGAGAACAUAAGUGCCAAUGCCAAUGACUGUAUUUGCCCAAAGCAUAAAUUAAGUUGGUCAUGCUCCAGAUUGCACCUAGCAGUGUCAGAUUAUGAAUGUGUAUGUGAAAAUCUGCGAAGGUUUGAUGACUGCUCACGGAAGUUUUUAAAGAUGGAAAAGGAUACAGGCAUUGAAGGAUUACUUCUUAAUACUCACUUGGACUCAAAUAAGAACCUGUUAACACAUGUGGCAAACACCUAUCAAGUUAGCAGUACAAACUUACGCAAUGAAUUCAAGACCUGUGGCUUUACAACAAAAGGAGCAGAUGUAUUUCCUGAAAGCAAGUCUGUGGCACCAUCACAACAGUCUGAGCAUGUAUCCGGACAGGAGAUCACUCUGGAGUGUAUACCAACAAAUCUAAAUGCUAAUGUGAUACUAAGAACAAAUCAAUACAAAUUAGAGGGUGGGAGAGGAAUUCAUGAAAUCCCUCAGGAGCUUAGUUCUAACUUUGAAAACCAUAAUGGUGAAUUCCAAGGAAAUUACCUUGGUGUGCAAAUCAUGGAUAACUGUGACAAUUCCAGUGACACCCAUGCUUCCACUGUUAGUAAACGAUUGGACAUAGAAAGAAACUGCCUUGAAUCCCCAAAUAAUGAAACCUUUGUGGGGGUGAAUGAGUUGAGGAGAGAUUGGGGAAGUUUGGAUGGUGUUCUAACAUCAUGCAAAAGAGCCUUCACAGCACAUCAAAGGAAAGGGGUAUUUCAGAAUAUGAGCAGGAAGUCCGGUGCCUUCAAGUGUCCUAUUUCUGGUCAGGAGGGAUUAGAUGAUUAUUUUGUGUGUGUGGAAAGGGAGAAUUGUUAUUCUAGGGAUGGGAAAGAUGUCUCAGGCCUAGAAUUAGCAUCCAGAUCACAUUACAUUGGUCAUGAGGGAAAUUCAGAGCAAGUUUCAGCAUUAAAAUCUGUAUCGGUACAGUCCCCAGGACAGAAAGGGAUACAAAUAAAGAAUAUGGGAAGUGAGAAGUAUCUGGCCGGAUUAACCACUGAGAUAAUGCAGCAUGAGAAUUUGGCCUCUCCCCUCAUCCCCUUGAAAGAUGAUCAAGAGUUACAGAAAGCUUCCAAGGCACAGUCCAGUUAUGGAGAGGACAGUUUGCUAGCAUGUGUCAUACCAGGUGGUCGAGAUGGGUUCCUUGUUAACCAAGAAAGUGCAAAAUCCACUAAUGAAGAAGGUGAGACCACUUAUUUAGCUUCCCCACCAUUGUUUGACUGUGCACAUUCUACAGGAACAACUGUGGAAAACGAUUCCCUUCAAAAUAAUUUAAGUUUGGAAAGCACUACGGAAAACCAGAGUGAUGAGGGAAAUGCAGACUCUUUUGCAAGAGAUGAUAAAAUGGAGGCCUGUCAAAGGAAUGCUGAUUCUGACUUUGAGACAGCUCAAGACAGUUUACAGUUUGAAACAAGGGUUCAUAUGGUGGGGGAUGAAGUUAUGGCCACAAAUGUAGAACAAGACCUUUGUGUGACUAUGGCAAGAAGGCAGGUAAUGAAUAGCAUUAGUGGCCUCUGUACUGAAGUCACUGAUACUGGUGAGACCUUAGGGAAUGAUAUGCCUGGUAAACGCAUUUUUGUGAAGGAAGAUACCAAAACCUGUGAUGUUGUGAUGAAAACCUGUGAUGAAAAAAUAAACCAUUGUGGCAAUUUUUCAAGGACAGAACUAAACAGAAGCUUCUCUUUAGGAGAUUCCAGGUGCAUCAGCACCAACCAUGAACAGAAAUUAAACAUGGAUGUCCAUGAUGCUUCAGAGAAAAUUGACAACCAAAAUAUUAUCUCCAAAACAAGUCUAGAUAAUAUCAGCACUGGUAGCACAAACAGCGAGGAGAUGGAUGAAAAUAUGUGUAACUUCCAGGGUAGUAACAGCAGUUUCUACAAGGCAGUUCAGAAAAACAGUAAGGCUAGAAUCACAGAGAAAUCUCUCAAGCAUUCUAAAUUUUUAGGUUUUUCAAAAAUGGCCUCCUUCAGGAAAAGCAAGAUAGUAACUACUGAAAAUCAAGGCAGCACCCAAAACAAGACAGAAGAAUUAGGUGGAGAGGAAGAGGGUGAGGUAGAUGAGAGCAUGAAGCCUUUGCCAAACAGUUUAUCCUGCUCCACUUUCCAAAGUAGAGACAACUGCCUUGCAGAGUAUUCAGAUGAUGACGACUUAUUCUAUGAGAGAUCUGCUGGACCAUUUAACAGAAUUAGCCUGAGAAAGGCUUCCAGCUCUGGCCGGACACUCUUGGAAGAUGUGAGCCCCAAUCCUACUCCAGAAAUGGCCAGACCAAAAUACUGUGAAGGAAAAGUGCUGACUUCUGUUGAGAAUAAAGACAGUGAGUCUACAGAAUACCCUGAACUGAGGAAAUCCUCAUCUGAGAAUGACUUUAAAAGGAACAAAAACACAGAGAGUAAAAACUUUAGGACUAGAUUGGCCUUGGCCCACAGAUCCUUGUCAAGCUUCUUUGAAUCUAAAUCUCUGGAGAAGGAAAAUGCAGAACAGUGUCCAAAGAUUUUGAUGAAAAAUGAAAAGGAAAAAGCCAAGUUGUACCAAACAUCCUGGAAAGCCUUUCUGAAAAGCAAAGAGGCAGAUGGUCUGAAGCGAUCUGCCUACAGUUCCCUUCCAACACAGCAGAGUCCUUCUACACAGAGAAGUCCUGGGAGCUUUUCUAGAAGAUCAUCCAAAGAAAAGCUUGAGUUCCACAGUGGACAAGUCUGUCUGAGUUCAGAAGUGUCUAAUGGUUCUUCUACAGAAGCUGGGUAUUCUGAUUCAUCUGGGAUCAGUGACUUUAUGCCUGUGGAUGCCAGGAGGAGAAGAAAGGCUGUAUCUCGUGAACUAAGUGUAAACUGUCCUCACAGCCCAGACUAUAAUGGGAAAGAAGAAGCAAUGGGCAAUGACAAAGAUGCUUCUUUUGAAGAAAUUUGGUUGAAAUCUUCAGUUAGUCCAAUUGACCUGCAGUCAUCAUUUUCUCACUUCACUCCUUCUUGCCCCCAGCUGUCAAUGUACGAACGGAAAGAUAUGCCAUGCAGGCCUAUGAGCCCCAAACCCCAGAGUCCCAGGACCAGUUCUCGAAAGGGUUUCCAUUACCCUGGAAGAUUGAGCUCAACUUCAAUGAUAUCCCUGGGCAACAUUUCUAUGAAUGAUAGCAAUUUAGAAACUCCAGAGAAGCCAAAGACAUUGAAGCCUAGGUCUAGCUUCUUGGUGUCUAUGCAUUCAUUAGAUAAUGACUAUCAAAGAGAAGACAGUGGUAUAAGCAGCCAGUCACAGAUCAGCUUAAACACUGUUUCCUCAGUGAGCGAUAUCAUCAGAGAUGAGGACAGUAUCCAGCAAAGUCAAAUUACAUCAGAAAAGAGGCCAGGUGAGAAACAGGGUCUCCAUUGCAGAAAAACAUUUACUGAGAUGCCAUUGUCUCCACACUCAUUUUCACUCAUCAAGAACAAAGCCUGGAUGCUUCCCUUGCAUGUUCAGGAGGGAAGAGCAAACGAGUGCUCCCAGAGGAAGAGGCGCAGACCCUUGUACAAACGUUUUAGCUUUGAUGAUGCAUGGAUGGAAAGAAAUCGGAAAAGGAAGCUUGUGAAGGAAACACAAUCAGACAGAGAGACUGAACCAAGUAACCUCCCGGAAGAUCAGUUAAAAAUUAAAAUGCAACCAUCCAUUUCUUCACCAGUGGCCUUCAAUGCUCACCCUUUCAAGUCACAUCUCUAUUUCCAGAGCACACCCACAGGUUUGGACUGUAUGGGCCUGAGGCAGCAUAUCUCCUUUCCAGUAAUUGCUGACGGUUCACUGGAGAAGACAAGUGAUGAUGUGGGAAGCGAGGAAGAUUUGUAUGAUGAUUUCCGGAGUUCCAGUCAUCGCUAUGGCCACUCAGGUGGUGGUGGAGAGCAACUUGCUAUUAAUGAGCUCAUCAGUGAUGGAGGUGUGGUCUAUGCAGAGGCCCUCUGGGAUCAUGUCACCAUGGAUGACCAAGAGCUGGGCUUCAAGGCUGGUGAUGUCAUUGAAGUAAUGGAUGCCACUAACAAAGAAUGGUGGUGGGGCAGGAUAAUGGACAGCGAGGGCUGGUUCCCAGCCAGCUUUGUACGGCUCCGAGUGAACCAGGAUGAACCAAUGGAAGACUAUCCCCUGAAAUUAGAAAACGGCAGAGAAGAAGACUCCCGAAACACUGCCCACCGUUACGGAGUGGGGCAAACAACCAAGGAUCAAAUGAGGACCAAUGUUAUCAAUGAGAUCCUGAGCACAGAGAGAGAUUACAUCAAACACCUGAAGGACAUCUGUGAGGGCUAUAUAAAGCAAUGCCGUAAAAGAGCAGAUAUGUUUAGCGAGGAGCAGUUGAAAACCAUCUUUGGGAAUAUUGAAGAGAUCUACAAGUGUCAGAAAAAAUUUGUUAAGGCAUUGGAAAAAAAAUUCAACAAAGACUACCCACACCUGAGUGAGAUUGGAUCCUGCUUCCUGGAAUAUCAAAAUGAAUUCCAGAUCUACUCUGAGUACUGUAACAACCACCCCAAUGCCUGCACAGAGCUUUCCCGACUCACCAAAGUGAACAAGUAUGUCUAUUUCUUUGAAGCCUGUCGCCUGCUUCAGAAGAUGAUUGACAUAUCUCUGGAUGGCUUCCUCCUGACUCCAGUGCAGAAAAUUUGCAAGUACCCACUGCAGCUUGCAGAACUGCUGAAGUACACGAACCCUCAACAUAGGGAUUUUAAAGACGUGGAAGAUGCUCUAAAUGCCAUGAAAAAUGUAGCACGGCUCAUCAAUGAAAGGAAGAGGCGUUUGGAAAACAUAGACAAAAUUGCUGAGUGGCAGAGUUCCAUAGAGGAUUGGGAGGGUGAAGAUGUCCUUGUUAAGAGUUCUGAACUCAUCUACUCUGGAGAAUUAACUAAAAUUUCCCAGCCUCAAGCCAAGAGCCAUCAGAGAAUGUUCUUCCUCUUUGAUCAUCAGCUUGUCUGCUGCAAGAAGGACCUGUUGCGACGUGAUAUCCUCUACUAUAAGAGCCGACUCAGCAUGGACAACAUGGAGAUCCUGGAUGUGGAAGAUGGCAAAGAUAAAGACUUCAAUAUCACUGUAAAAAAUGCAUUCAAGUUGCACUGUAAGGACGCAGAGGAAGUCCACUUGUUCUGUGCAAAAAAGCCUGAACAGAAGCAACGUUGGCUCAAAGCGUUUGAGAACGAAAGGAAGCAGGUUCAGCUUGACCAGGAAAUGGGUUUUUCCAUCACUGAGGUUCAGAAGAAACAAGCUAUGCUUAACGCCAGCAAACAGAACCAGACCGGAAAACCAAAAGUGGUCACCAGGACGUACUAUGACUUCCUGAUGCGGCAGAAGCACCCUACUUUGCCUACAAACCUCCCCCAGCAGCAAGUUUUCAUGCUGGCAGAGCCCGCGCAAGCCUUCAAACUUCUGGCAGAACAUCAGCAGGCUGGCACCAUUUCGAAAAUAAUCGGAAGCAGCUUGUGUCCUGUGCCUGAAGACCUUCUGAGAAAGCACUUUAUGCAUCGAGCCCUGGAAAACUAAGCACUAGCUCUCCCUCCUGGCUUUCAGAGGGAUAGCACUGACCCUUUCUUCCCCUUAUUUCUCUACCAGACUGAAUGGGCUCAAGUGCGGAGGAUGACAUGGACCGUUUUCCAUUUGAGUGUGUGUGUGUGUGUGUCUCAUGCUCUCUUUUUUCUUGAAAAUAAGUCAUUCAAGUCUGCACUUCCUUUUGAACACCCAAAAGAAAAAGCAAGAGUCCAGAACCUCCUUCCCCUUUCUUUUUAAAAAUCUUUCUUGGUUGUCAGAUUCAUCUUGGGCUGUGCCUGCUCGAAGGAAUGGUGUUUGCUUUCAGUUUCAGCCAGGUGGAAAUGGUGAGCAAGUGAGCAAUCCCUGUUGCCUGCUCAAUGUUUGCUCAGAACACCUGGCCAAUAUUGCUGCUGUUUAUGCACUUUGCUGGGCCAAGCAAUUCACCUCUCCCUUCUGCCAGCCCCACUGGGUUCGCAGAAAUCUUGAAGAACAGAACAUCCCUGGUUGGCACUCAGACACCAUUCAUAGGAAACCACCCUUAACCAUCCUUAGCUGAAGACAAAACUACUUAUGAGCCAGAACAUCAAACACAAACCCCGAAGCAUGACUAACAGAGACUUUUGCAAUCUAGUUGAGUUAAUAUAUGGGGGGAGAGGGGCGGCGUUAGGGGGAAAUGUGCCUAAAUUAACUUUGGAUUACUUUUACUCUCUUCCAACACUUUGCCAUAGUUUCUGGCCAAUGAGCAUUUCUCAAUGUUUUUAACGUUUAUUUAUGGUAAAAGUGCAGAUAACUGUAUUUUGUACAAGUUUGUAAUCUGUCUUGUCAGAUGUUAACUUGAUGCUUGUUUAUUUUUUUUUCCUGACAAAAGACCAACAUUUGUAAGCCUAUACACUUAAAGAUAUGCCACACAGAAGUGUCUAAAGAUAAAUUUCAGAGAUACCAGACACUUAUAAAUAUCAGUAUUACUGGAUGCUGUGCCACCCGUGCAGACAUCUGCAGAGGAGGCAAGGGUGCUACAAGGAAGAGAGGAACACAGCUCUGUUUUUGUGGGUUAAGCGCCUGUACGUCAAAAUCAUGAGCAAAAAUGCUCAUUUAAUCCUUGACUAGAUAAGGAAAAAAGAUUUGCCUUAUAAUAGUGAGAUAGUUAGAAGCCAUAACUGACUGGAUCCCAUAAUUUGGGGAUUCCUGGUACUGUGAAGUUGGAAGGCAAACCCCAACUUACUCUUGUAUGAAACUACUGCAGAGAAGUGAGCACUCAGCCGUCUGAAGGAAAGCGAUGCAGUGCCAACUAUAGUUGGCCCAAGACCAGUCACCUGAAUCCAGAAGCAUGUACAGAUUCGUUCUUGCACUAUCUUCCCCCCCAUGGGAGGGGACUGCAUUUAAUUUCAUAAAGAAACUUGUAAAAGUGA